AUGCAGAAGAGCGGGAAGGGAAGGAGCGUCGGAGUGAAGCAGAAAGAAGCAAUGAAGGCGAUUCAGAUGAAACGACGUCGUGAAAAGUCUCCUCCGCUUCCACGGUCGUUUCCGUCUCAGACUCAUCGUGAUCUUCGCUGUACUUAUCUUCUGCCUCUCUCAUCGAUUACAGAUAGCUCAAUAGAUUGGCAGAAGAAGUGA